GCCAUGGAGGCAUCAUCCACUUAGUCCACGACGCGCCCAUGCAGCUCCUUUAGCGCGGGGACCAGCUGAGGAAAAAACCAACUCCUGCAUGAGGAAACUCGCAGCAAGGACUUAAGGGUGACUACUUUUUUUUUUUUUUUUUCUUGGUUUUUUUGAAAAUUACCAAGGAUGCCUCGUCCGGGGAGAAACACGUACAGCGACCAGAAGCCUCCGUACUCGUACAUCUCCCUCACGGCCAUGGCCAUCCAGAGCUGCCCGGAGAAGAUGCUCCCCCUCAGCGAGAUCUACAAGUUCAUCAUGGACCGCUUCCCUUACUACCGGGAAAACACGCAGCGCUGGCAGAACUCGCUGAGGCACAACUUGUCCUUCAACGACUGCUUCAUCAAGAUCCCGCGGCGUCCCGACCAGCCGGGGAAGGGCAGCUUCUGGGCGCUGCACCCCAGCUGCGGGGACAUGUUCGAGAACGGCAGCUUCCUGCGCCGCCGCAAGCGCUUCAAGGUGCUGGGCGCCGCCGACCACCACCUGGCGCCCAGCAAGCAGACGUCGGACGCCGCGCACUACCUCCAGCAGCAGGCCAAGCUGCGGCUGAGCGCCCUGCAGGCGGCCACCGGCACGCACCUGCCGCAGAUGACCCCCUACAACCUGGGCGUGACGCAGACCUCCACCUUCAAGCACCCCUUCGCCAUCGAGAACAUCAUCGCCCGAGAGUACAAAGUCCCCGGCAGCCUGGCCUUCUCCACCAUGCAGUCCAUGUCCGCCGGCUACCCGCUGCACAACCAGCUCACCACGGCCUGGCCGCACAUGUACAACAGCGGCGUGAUGGACACCCAUAUGGCGCCCGGCGACUACAGCGCGUACGGCGUGCCCAUCAAGUCGCUGUGCCACGGCGCGCAGACUCUCCCCGCCAUCCCGGUGCCCAUCAAGCCCACGCCGACCUCCAUGGCGGGCUUCUCGGCGCUACCCCCGCACCUGCCGGCCUUCCUCUCCAACUCGCCCCAGUCUCUGAGCCCCACCUCUCCACAGACAGCCACCAGCCAAAGCAGCCCCGCCACCCCCAGCGAGACGCUCACCGGCCCGGGCGCGCUGCAGUCGGUGGCCGUGCACUGACCGCGGCCCUUAUUAAAACCUCCGCAACGAACCCAAAGUUUAUAUAUCUGUGUCGUCUGGACUCUUAUCAAGGCGAGUUGCAUAUCGACCCACGCGUGUAUAUGUUGAAUGUGUCGCUUUAAAUCGUCUCCAUGGAACAUUCCAGCACAGAAUCUCGCAGUAUUGCUCUUCAAAACAAAAACAUAAAUUAUUAUUUGCAAAGUGUUGAAGGGAAGGUUUGUUUUAAGUCCAGUUUUAUACUUGCAAAGCGUGUGACCUGAACUUUAUAACGAUAAAAAAAAACAACACCAAAUAGUUCCCCUGGAAAAAAAAAAAAAAAGAGAGAACAAUUCCCUCCCAAAAGAAAGACAUUAAGUCUUUCUAAAAAAAAAAAAAAAAAAAAAAUACAAUAAAAAAACUCGUGACGUGCUCCAAAAUGCAAGAUGUGAAUAUUGCAAAUAACUCCUACUGAAAUGUUGUCAAAUGCACUUUUUAGUUUUUAGAUAUCUAUUUUCCAGGAGAAAAAAAAAAAAAUGUUCUGUGAAGCAUUUUAAUUUAAAAGGCUGUGGUGACCACGUGAUCAGUUGCUGUAAAUUUGUACUUUUUGUUUGUUUUGUUUUUUAAUAAUAAGAAGAAGCAUGCAUUAUAAACAAAAAAAAAGUGUUGUUAUUGUUCAUGUUGUUCAUGUUAUUUUUGUUUUUUCCCCCCCGUUUGUUCGUUUUGGCAAGCGCUUUUGAAAAGUGUGCAAACAUUUGGAAAAAAAAAACAAAACAAAAACACGGUCAUCCAAAUAUUUUCUCAUUAAAAGUGAAGUAAACAAUCAAUUGUUUCUGAUUAUUGCUGCUCGCGUCAAGUAAAAAUAAAUAUGGUCAUUAUUUAUAAUUUUCCAGUAUGCAAAUUACGAUGAUUUCCGUGGGUAUUAUUGUGCGUGAUUUGAGCGUGUGAGACUUCCGUGGAAGCAAGCAGACAGACGUGAUUUGUGCCCCCCCCAUUAGAAUGCGCGGUGCAGCCACGCCGCGGCCACAGCGCAGACAAGUGCGCUCAUUCAUCAAGCUGCAGGCUAAAAUAAAGACAAAAAGUCCCAACAAUAAACAUUCCAAAAAGCAAGUUUGCGCCAUUUUUUAACGCCAUUUGUUGCAUUUUUUUUGCAGCCGGCCUUUUGUUAUUCCUGCACCUGCGCUUUCAAACAAUUUUCUAAAUACAACACGACAGGUUCUAGAUUCUAAUUUUUUUUUUUUCCUGCGUUAUUUCAAAUUAACUCAAUGGAGCGUCGAUGUAUUAAACGAAUCCAUUCCGUCACUUUUACGCAAUGGACUAGAUCAAAUAAAGGCCACUUCAUUCUGCCUCAUUCACUCCAAUUGAAAGUGCAAAGAAUAGCAAACUUCAACCGGGCCACCAAUGUAGAUUUAGCCUUUUUUUUUUUCCAGCAAGACAAAAAGACUGAUUUUUCUUUUUCUUUUUUUCCACAAACACAUUGCUGACUGGGGGACUAGGAAACCAGCCCCGAGACCCUUUUGGAAUUUAAAUCUGCACCCCUCCCCCGUGGACUGUUUGCACAACUAGUGUCACUUUUUUUUUUCUCUCUCUCUCUCUCUGCACUUUUGUGUUGCGUGUGCAACAUUAAGUCUUGAUUGAUUGCAUGAUAUUGGAACUGCAACAGGCUUUUAUUUGUUGACAUAAAAAAAAAAGAAGAAAUAAACAAAACACAAAUAGAAAUUGAAGAGGCUAUAACAAUACAAACAAACAAAAAUCCUUAUUUACUUAACACUGGUUUUGUAGUCUUGAUUUGUAUUAAUUUAUUACAAUUGCAUAAAAAAAUAUUGAACUGUAAUUUGUAAAAAUGAAACAAUUAGAUCUAUAUGUUGGUUAAUUAAAAAAAAAAAAAAGUAUAUUAUUUAUUUGAAGAAAAACAACAUUGCAAUUGUUUGGUUUCACUACUUUGUAUUACUCAGCCCAACAAUCUUAGCAUAACAGCUCAUUUAUUGUAAUCCAUCCAUCCAUUUUCUACCCUUAAUUAUAUAUUUUGUGGCAAUUUGACAUUGUAAUUCAGGGAUGUCAAAGGGGUUUUCACUGAGGGCCACAUGGCAGUGAGGGCCGCUUGUAACAGUGAAUAAUGUAUGAAUUUGCCUCUGGAUUUCAUUAUUAAUUACAUCAAUUGU